CUUAUAUCAUUUACAAAUAAAAAGUAGGUAACAAGGAGCAGGAUGAGGCUAUGCUUAAUAUCGAGCUGGACGUAUCUGAUGUCCCUCGUAAAUACAGGCUGAGAGGAGCAAUCCUGAGCAGUCAACAGAUACAGAUGAAUUAUUGACGGCCGUCUCUUUUGACACACUGUGAAAAAACUAUCUUGUCGCGCCAGUGAUAGAAGAUGACCACCAAAGACGCGCGAUGAUGAAGUUGUAAAAUUGGAUAGGACCACUCCCGAAGCUGAUAUCAGUUCGCACAGCGUUUUUCAGUGAUGACCCAUUUUUCGAAAUUCAACUGGUGAACUAGAAGAAGUGCAGAUGAAGAUGUGGCUGGUUUUCCUUCUUCUCGGAACAACUGCAGUUGUUGCCAGUGGCUCCGAUACAAGUACAACGGCCAAACAAUCUUGUGGGUUCAUUUAAGGCUAGAGAUUCUGACUCAUCAUCUUUGACGUCUUUGCGGCUCACGCAGUUGCUAAAAGAUGAUCGCGAAUGCAGUUGUUAAAAGUUGUUUUAAUUAGAUUUAGUACGUUAGUUCUUGAGCUUGAUCACUGUUACCUCAAGUCGAGCAUGCUGCUUAUGUUAUCGUGCAUAAUAUGUCUAAAUUAGACUUACUUAUAAGGGGGCUGGCCAGAGUCUAAUUCAUCCUCUCCAGCAAAGUAAGACCAAUCUAAUUUAUUCUCUCCAAAGACCAGGGUGCCAAUGUUCGCUGCAACGUACCGACGCAACACACAUGCAAGGAGGAGUCGGAGCUUGUGUCGUUCUGUCCUAGUGAGUUUACGGCUGAAAUUUUAGACAUCAAAUCAAAAUCGUGCUUGAUUUCAAGAAAUGUUUUUAUAGCAACAUCAUGCACUUCCAAUGAGUUACAAUAAGGAAACCAUGACUACAUACAAACUCCACUGAACCCACAAAAGUAAAUAGAAGAAGUUGCAGCGACGCUGUCUGUGUCCUCUCUCAAACCAAUUUAGUGCAUUGUUCUGGUAUUCGGUAGCCUGAUUUUGAUUAUAAGGGAAACAAGAAGAGAAUCCUUGUGAUCGAAUUCAGUUUAGCAAAUACCGGGGCCAUUCACUUCGAUAAUAACGAUAUCUCUAAAACUUGCCCCUUCGUGGACCGAUCGCAGUACUUUCCGUGUCUCGCAAAGUGCGUAAAAGAUGAUGGCUGCAAAGCUGGUCUCAAGGGUGUUGAGUUUCCGAACCCCAACGCGAAAGUGUGCGAAAUAUGUCAAGUGCUGGGAUGUGUCAGGUAAUCUUGGUUGACUAGUGAUCAUGAUCUUCAGCGAGUGCAAGCACAUGUACAAGUGCAUGCAAUUGUCGAAAGAUGAAUAGUACUACGAGUCGCAUUUUCUAGACGCAGUAGACUUGCAUAUAUCUCUAGGCGCAACUGCAACGCCCAGAAUGGUAAGGGCCAGCGAUGGUACAACUACAUCAUGUGUACUUUAUCGAGAAACUUUAUCGAGAAAUAACUUCCCUGCAUCUAGGUGCAGUGCCGACAACGGCAAAUGUGCGC